AUGCUUGUGACAGACUGGAUGCCAAACUAUCACUUCUCCCCACGAGGCACUUUUGCCGUCAUACUCCCAUCCACGAACGUAGCUGUCGAAGCAGAAUACAAUCAGAUGCUUGUCCAUGGCAUGUCAUGGCAUAGUGGAAGGAUCCUCAUCCGCGACCCGAAUUUUGAUAGUGACGAAAAGUUCGACCAGUUCAUAAAUGACCUUCGGAAGGAGAUCGCCAAUGCAGUAUCAAAUGUUAUGACGGCACAUCCCGACUUCGUGGUCAUGGGAAUGAGCUCCGAGACCUUCUGGGGCGGCAAGGCUGGAGCAGCCGAGUUCGAAGCUUUGAUGAAAGACUUGACUGGGGGUCUCGACGUCACUACGGGAGCGCAAGCUUGCAAUGCAGCUCUGAAGAUACUAGACGCCAAGAGAAUCGGGAUCAUUACGCCGUACCAGACUAUCGGAGAUGAGCAAGUGCGAUCGUAUUUCAUAGAAGCCGGUUAUGAGGUGGUCCAUAUUUACGGAUUGAAAUGUCCCACCGCGAAGUCGAUUGCUGAUGUCGAACCCGCUAGGUUAAAGGAGGCAUUUAGGAAAGUUAAUACGCCGGAGAUCGAUGCUUUAGUUCAAGCAGGGACAAAUCUGUUUUGUGCAAAAGUAGCGGCGGAAAUGGAGGUGGAGCUGGAAUCAGCCCCACGUCUUACAAUGUCUCAAUCGACCUCCCAUGCUCAGAAUUCUCGCCGUGUACCCCUCGAUAAACGAAAGCGGACCGAGACAAGCUGCGACAAGUGCAAGUCGCGAAAGCAGAAAUGCAGGAAAGAGCCGGGCCAGGAUGCCUGCCGAUACUGCUUGGUCCACAAGAUCGAGUGCCUCACCACACAACCUCGCAAAAAGCGACUUUACGGAAGCGUAGAAGGCUUAGGGAGCAGGCUUGCUCUGCUCGAGUCUCUUGUGAAGGGGCUGCUUCCGGAAGCAGACGUUUCCAAUAUAGAGGAACUGCGGCAGCUGGGAAGUUCCAUGGGAAUCUCGCUACCUGAAUCCGUGAUUGGAGAUACUGCAGGAGAGCACGCCAACAACAGCGGAACAGAAGGGGAGGAAUCAUUAUCAUUACUACCCGACCAACAGGGCCAAGUCCAGUUUAUCGGUCCCUCCAGUUCCUUUUCAUUCCAUCUCAAACUGCGCGCAUUGGUUGGCCAGGGCGAUGGCCCUGUGCGCGAAUUCGUCCUGUUUGGCAGAAAUGCGGCCGAUCAGGAAGCUAUUGAAAGCGAGAACGACCUUCACGCGCUUUCCACGCCCAGCGCGUCGUCCAACAUCGAUCAUAAUUCCCCAGUGGAGCAACGCGCAGCCGUCGGGGAGACGCAAAGUCCCGAGCCGUUGAUUUCUGCUUUCUUCGACCAUAUCAAUCCCGAUUUUCCCGUCCUCCACGAGGCAUCUUUUAGGGAAGCCUACGAGCAAUGGGACAAUAAUUCAGAAAGGGCCGACCCUGCUUGGCUUUGCACCUUGCUCUGCGUCUUGCUUUUAGCGCGACGCGUUGCGCACGUAGCUUUGACGGAGGAUCAAGAAAAGCAAUGGUGGCUCCGCGUCCAAAGGCUACUUCCUGGCGUCAUGUUUACAUCAAGCAUUAUGGCCGUCCAGGCUCUGAUGCUCGCUGCAUUACACCUGCACAACACAAACCAUAGAGAUGCAUGUUGGAAUCUGACGGGGGCGGCAAUUCGAAUAGCAUUCGCUAUCGGUCUGCACCAGGACAGAGUCACCACGAUGCAGACUCCUCUGGCCAGAGAAUUGAGAAAGCGGCUUUGGUGGACACUGUACGCCUUUGAACAGAUGCAAGUAUCUUCCUAUGAUCGACCAAGUGCUAUUGAGCACAAUCCCGGUUCUCGAAUUGGUUGUCCAAACGAGCGUUUGAUUGGCAUGGCUACCUAUUGUCCUCCGGACUACUGCGAAUGGUUCAAUCGACUCGUAGUUCAUCUCGCAUCUGCCUGCCGUGCACCCAAAACUGCACAUGGGAAUGCUACUGAAGAAUUAUAUGUAGGCCCCUUGUCUCCGGCUGCCGGUGUUCUAAGGGAGCUUGACCGAUGGAAAGAGAGCAUUCCAUCGCAUUUAAAGAUGGACGCUGUUGCAACAUCUCCGCCAUCAUUUCAGCGUCCGCUACUACUACUUCACGCGAAAUUCCAUUACACGGUUUCAGUUCUUUGUCGCGCAGCAUUACUUCAUCGUGCAACGACGCUUUCGAAGGAAGGAAAGGACCCCGCUAAUAGCGGUUUGAUUGGAAUGGCAGAAGCAUGUGCUGAAUCUGGAAGAGCACUUGCUCGCAUUCUGAUCCAACUUGAGAGUCUAGGGAAAUUUGAUCCAAUCACCUGGUGGGACAUCUGGUACGCUCUCGCUAGUGGAUCUGUCCUAGUUUUGGACAUAGUAUGUUGUAGCAACCGUAUUGAGGAAGAUGUUGCAGAAGCACGUAUCCUUCUCUCACAACUCGCCGCUCUCACGGAACAGCAUAGGCGCAACCCUCGUAUGCCUGGCACGAUUGACAAAUGGGCCUCACUCGUUCCUGAAUUGAACUCCAUGGCUACAUCUUCAACUAGACAGGCUCCCGAACGGGCACCAGUUACGAAACAGGAAGAGCCAACAGACCAACAGCAACAAAUGCUACCACCUCAUCAUGACCCCUCGUCAUUUCCAAUUCACCAAUCAUCCACGAACAGCGGGGCUUACAUGUUCGCUGAUCACGUACCCGGACGUAUGUACCCUGAUGCGGAAUACACCGGUGGUCCUGGCCCUGUCUACUCCCAGCGAGGGUUCGACCGUAAUACGCAAAUGGGAUUUAUGGAUUUUUCCAUGGGUAAUAUCCAAGACUGGCAAUGGGCCGACUUAGGGAAUCUUUUGGGUAACGAAGGCGUUCCACCAAACAACGGAGCAUAG